AUGGGUCGGCUGCAGGGACGAAUCACAAAGGAAGACGUACGCGAAGCUGGCUUGCGACGAUGGGACGGCGUACAGCGAGUAACGACGGACUGGAUAAACUUAUUUCUGGAACCUGAGCUCUACUUCAACGAUGGCGAUUGCCUGAUAUACCUUAGAGAACCCGGCCAGUCGAGUCGAGGGCCUGCUUUCAAGAUUCAUACUGCCCGACUGAGGGCACAGGGCUUUCAUUCGCUGCUGCAGAGAUGUACACCUCAAGCGAAGCUACACAUAGCCUCACAAUGUGUGAUGAGCAACUGCGAAGGCUGCAAGAACCACUCACCGACCUGGGAGCUAUACCUGCCCACUGCACCUCGAUCCGGCCUUGAGGCCACGUUUGAUCAUCAUAUCACGACGAGAAACUUCUUCGCGUGGCUGUACAGGCUGCCUCUGGCAGGAAGAGCUUUAGGGAAAUCCGUAGUGGAUCUCAAAAUAAGACUGGACACGUAUCGACCGAACGAUGAAGCCCGGAAUCGGACUGAUCUACUGGCAUACGCAGACUCCCAGAAAUAUCUCGACUUCAGAGAAUGCAUCGACCACGCUCUGGCGGCGUUGCGGCUCGCUGAAUUCCUCCAGAUCGACGAUCUGUGGAUUGACGCGUUCACACACUGUGUGGGACUGAGCCAUCGCGGAGUGCCAGCCAGCCCCGAGUACCAAUAUAUCAGUAAUGACUCGAAGAAGCUGAUCAGCUCAGCGCGCGUAACAAUGGACAACAGAUUACAUCGAGUCGCCCAGGCUGUUUCUACAUUCUUCGAGGAAGAGCUGUCGCGAGGGUUCCCAGGCCUUUCGCAAAUCGCCCGGGACCAUCUUGAUCGAUUCAGAUCCUUCCUCCAUUCGUUCUACAUAGAACAGCAUGGAUUUUGGCCACCAAACAACUUCGACACUCACGUUGUACAGCAAUUGAUCUGCAAUAGUAUGUAUGCGGACUUCUACUCUUUGUAUCAGCAUAUGGCAGACACCACCACCUCUCCUGGCUUGUCUGAGCCCAAUGUUAACACCGCUGGCGGUGUUUGCGCUUUGCAGAACAUUCGAGCAUACGAUGCACGCCAUGGAUCGUUACCGCUUCCACAUGCCUUACCCAGGAUCCCUACCAUGCCGGUCAUCCCUACGACGGCGUCGACUAAGAGGGAGAGACGGAGCUCGUGGAAUCCAGUUGCAAGGCAUCGAGAAGAGAAGGAGCGUCGCAACUCGCAGAGACUACAAGCGCUCAUCGACUCAACCAAUCGCGACUGGACUCUGAUGAAUACUGUUCUGGUGCGCCGCUUCUCGGAAUUCGAGAUUGAUGCUGCGAUAGAUGACCUGGAGCCCAUAUCGCUAACAGAUGGCCGCAAGGUCCGCUGGAUUGUAGUCUACGCCAUACUUCAAAGCUUGAUCUCUGUUACGCAAGCACCUAAGCAGACUGCAUGGCAUGUCGAGACCCGCAAGCGCAGUCGGACAGUUGGCCAUGCCAGCAUCGAACCAGACAAUCAGCACUCGCACACAAAUACCGAGCCGUCAAGUCCAGUCGGCAUCAACCGAACAACGUCAAGGACAUCAACUAUGACCUCGAUGACCGAGUCCCUCUUGCGCAAGACCUCCCGAGCAAGUACUACAAAGGAUCGCCGACAGACUGUUGCGGAUGCCACUCCUGGCCGCUCGAUGUCCAUCAAGUCGACAAGCACACGCACCUCCUCGCUGCGGCGUAUAGGCCUCUAUCGCAGCACCGACAGUCUUGUGGAAGAGCCAGACUCGCUGCCACAGCAGCGGCCCAACUUUGCGAAACGCACCUCAUUCUGCGAGAUCUACGUCCCCGGCUACGGCAACGGCUUGAAUGAAGUCGAGCUCCAGCGAUCAAAGUCAGAGAAAGUGACUUCGUCAUCCAAGCAUCGCUCGGACAAGAUCAAGCGCAAUUCCAUCCCACCGCCGGUGCCCAAACUUGUCAUGCCCGCGGUUGUACCUUCACCCAUUAACCCUAGCGUCAACAUCAACACUUCUGUGUCACGUGAGUCCUCCAAUGCCUCCACCAACUCCACAUGGUCCCGAACGGCUCCGUCUGCGUCGACACCCAAUGACUCGGACGCGAGCCUCCCAACUCCAAAUGGCAGUCCGAUCGUCGCGGCGGAUGUUGCGAUCGCCAUGGCGAAUCUCGAACUGGACAGGGCCGAGAAGAAGCGGCCUAGGACUGCGGCUAUGGUGCAUAUCGUGCAACAGGAAGACAUCAGCGAUGCCACCGGACUGGACACAGUGCACUUCAACACCAGCACAUGGGAUGAUAUGCUGAACGUGCUGGAGAAGAGAAGGUUCAAUGUCGUCUGA